AUGGAGCCGGAGGAACCGGAGGAACCGGGGUGGGAGAGGCGAAAUGGGGGGGCGCUGGGCGGGCGAGGGGUGCUGGAGCUGGCGGUGGCCAGCGGGGUGGCCGCCUGGGCUACCUGGGCCACCCUGCUGAUGCCCGGCUUCCGCCGGGUCCCGCUGCGGCUCCAGGUACCCUACCAGCCCUCCGGCCCCCAACAAGUGGCGAACGCCCUGGCACUGCUGCGGGGCCGCUCGGGGAAGACGGUGGAUCUGGGAUCAGGAGAUGGACGGCUUGUGGUAGAGGCUUAUAAGCAAGGUCUCAGACCAGCCGUUGGCUAUGAGCUCAACCCCUGGCUGCUGUGUCUCUCCAACUACCGGGCCUGGAAGGCUGGGUACCACGGGAAGGUUUCCUUCCUGAAGAAAGAUCUCUGGAAGGUGAAUCUUUCCGAUUGCUACAAUGUGAUCGUGUUCCUGGCCCCCAGCGUGAAACCUCCCCUAGCCACCAAGCUCCUUGCAGAACUCCCCGACGAAGCCCGGGUGGUGGCUGGACGCUUCCCCUUCCCCUCCUGGACCCCCACCAGCACCCUUGGGCAGGGGCUGGAGCAAGUCUGGGCCUAUGACAUGAAGGAGGUGCGGCGAGCGGCACAAAGCAGCGCAGAGGGAAGCCCAGUCUAACGGCAGCCGUGUUAAGCCUGGCAUUAAGGGUCAGCAGGGGUAGGGGUCAGAGCCUCUUCAGCCCUUGGGCUCAGCUCAGGAUAGCAGCGAGAGGGCUGCUUGGCCAG